AUGCCUACCAUCGCCGUUAACAAGUACGAUUUGUACAAGGCCCUGGGCCAAAACUUCACCACCCAGGAGUUCGAGGACCUCUGCUUCGAAUUCGGUAUCGAGCUCGACGAAGACACCGAGAAUGACGAGCGACCUAUCGUCAAUGGCGUGCAGGAGCCGCCCCAGCUCAAGAUCGAGAUCCCCGCCAACCGAUAUGAUAUGCUGUGUUUCGAGGGAAUAGCGCUCAUGCUCAACAUCUUCAGGGGAAAGGUCGCCCCCCCAAACUACAAGGUCGUUGAGCCUAAGGAGCCCGAGACUCAGGUCAUCACCGUGGCCCAAGAUACCAGCAAGAUCCGUCCCCUCGUUGCCGGCGCUAUCCUCAGAAACGUCAAGUUCACCCAAGAAAGCUACGACUCCUUCAUCGGCCUCCAGGACAAGCUGCACAUGAACCUGGCGAGACAAAGGACAUUGGUGGCUAUUGGUACUCACGAUCUUGACACCAUUCAGGGCCCCUUCACGUAUGAGGCGCUGCCCCCCAAGGACAUCAAGUUCAAGCCCCUGAACCAGACCAAGGAGAUGAAUGGCGAGGAGUUGAUGCAGUUCUACGAGGGCGACAAGCACCUUGGCAAGUACUUGCACAUCAUCAAGGACUCGCCUGUCUACCCCGUCAUCUACGACAAGAACCGCACCGUUUGCUCCUUGCCGCCCAUCAUCAACGGCGACCACUCCAAGAUCACCGUCAACACGACAAAUGUCUUCAUCGAGAUGACAGCUACCGACGCCACUAAGCUCGACAUCGUUUGCGACAUGAUGGUCACCAUGUUCUCUCAGUACACCGCCGAGCCUUUCACCGUAGAGCCUGUCAAGAUCGUCUCCGAGCACAACGGUGCCUCAAGGACGACGCCCAGUCUCGAGCCCCGCACUAUCGACGUCGAGAUCGACUACCUCAACGCCUGCACUGGCCUGAACGAGUCACCCGAGACGCUUUGCAAGCUUCUCACCAAGAUGGCAUACAUCGCCAAGCCGUCAGAGAAGGACAGCAACCUUUUGAGUGUCACCAUCCCAGUUACCCGCGCCGACGUGUUACACCAGUGCGACGUUAUGGAGGACCUCGCCAUUUGCUACGGCUACAACAACCUCCCCAGAUCCUCUCCCAACAAGAGCGCGACCAUUGGUGCGCCUCUUAUGAUUAACAAGCUCGCCGAUAUCAUCCGGAAUGAGGCCGCCAUGGCUGGCUGGAGCGAGGUCUUGCCCCUGAUUCUGUGCAGUCACGACGAGAACUUUGGUUGGUUGAACAGGAAAGACGACGGCAAGACCGCCGUAAAGCUCGCCAACCCCAAGACUGCCGAGUACCAGGUCGUUCGCACAUCUCUGGUCCCUGGUCUCCUCAAGACUAUUCGCGAGAACAAGAAGCACAGCGUACCCAUCAAGAUCUUCGAGGCUUCCGACGUCGUCUUCAAGGAUGAGUCCCUGGAGCGCAAGGCUCGCAACGAGCGCCACUUUGCUGCUGCGUGGUACGGCAAGACCUCUGGUUUCGAGAUCGUCCACGGUCUCCUGGACCGCAUCCUGCUAAUGCUUCGCACCGCCUUCCUCACUCACGACGAGGGUCUGACGGCUGGCAAGAGCCUUGACUUCAAGGUUGCCGAGAACCCCGGAAAGCCGGACGGCUACUGGAUCGAGGAGAUUAACGAGGACACCUUCUUCCCUGGCCACGCGGCUGCCAUUUACCUUCGCCUUGGCGGCAAGGAGCAGCGCAUCGGCGAGUUUGGCAUCCUGCACCCCACCGUGCUGGAGAAGUUUGACUUGAGAUACCCCGUGAGCACCCUUGAGAUCAACCUUGAGGUCUUCCUGUAG